UUUUUCUUCAUUACUUUGUUACAUACCAGAGAGAUAAAAAAGAUGAAGGUUAUAAAUACCAUGAUAAAUCCAUCAAGAGGAAACCUCAUGGAUUGGAUAGUGGGCAGUCUGAAGAUGACCAUGAUUCUCCAGUACCCAAAAGGACAAAAACGGGGGAAAAGGUGAAUGGUGAUACUGAGGAAGGAAGCCCUGCCCGCAGGAAAAGAUCUUCAUCCCUGAAUAAUGGCAUGACCCAUACAAAGACACAACAUCAUUCUAGUGAAGGAUCCAGUGGAGAGGGUGACAGUGAACAAGAACAGGAAUUGACUACAGAACAGAAAGACGGUGCUUUCUCCAAUUUUUAUAUCUCUAAAGAGACUAUUGAACUCCUUCGAGCUCGAGGUGUAUCAUACCUGUUUCCUGUGCAAGUAAAGACCUUCUAUCCUAUAUAUGACGGCAAAGAUGUCAUAGCUCAAGCAUGGACUGGAACUGGGAAAACAUUCUCUUUUGCUAUUCCCUUGAUUGAAAAGCUUCAAGGAGACACCCAGGAGAGAAGAAGAGGCCGAAGUCCAAAGGUGCUAGUUCUUACCCCAACCAGAGAGCUGGCAAACCAAGUAGCCAACGACUUUAAGGACAUCACAAGGAAACUCACUGUUGCUUGCUUUUAUGGAGGAACUUCAUAUAAUGGGCAAAUUGACUUAAUUAGAAGCGGCAUUGACAUCUUGGUAGGGACCCCAGGUCGAAUCAAAGACCACCUUCAGAAUGGCAAGCUGGAACUUUGCAAACUUAAGCAUGUUGUUUUGGAUGAAGUUGACCAAAUGUUGGACAUGGGAUUUGCUGAACAAGUGGAGGACAUUUUACGAGUUGCGUACAAAAAGGAUUCAGAAGAUAACCCUCAGACGCUCCUGUUUUCUGCCACUUGCCCAAAUUGGGUAUAUGAUGUGGCUAAGAAAUACAUGAAAUCCCGAUAUGAACAGAUUGAUCUAAUUGGGAAGAGGACUCAAAAAGCAGCUACAACUGUAGAACAUUUGGCUAUAGAAUGCCACUGGACUCAAAAAGAAGCAGUUAUUGGGGAUGUCAUUCAGGUCUACAGUGGGAGUCAUGGACGGACCAUAGUCUUUUGUGAGACCAAAAAGGAGGCAAAUGAACUGGCUCUCAAUGCCUCAAUUAAACAGGAUGCCCAAGUCCUACAUGGUGACAUUCCUCAAAAACAGAGAGAAAUCACAUUGAAAGGUUUUAGAAAUGGCUUAUUUGAAGUCCUUGUUGCAACCAAUGUAGCUGCCCGGGGUUUAGAUAUCCCUGAAGUUGACCUGGUUGUACAAAGUUCACCACCAAAGGAUGUGGACUCCUACAUCCAUCGGUCUGGGCGCACAGGUCGAGCUGGACGGAAUGGAAUUUGUAUCUGUUUCUAUCAGCGAAAGGAAGAAGAUCAACUUAGACAUGUAGAACAAAAAGCGGGAAUAAUAUUUAAGCGUGUAGGUGUUCCUACUGCAACAGAGAUCAUUAAAGCUUCCAGUAAAGAUGCUGUCAGGUUUUUGGAUUCUGUUCCUCCUUCUGCCAUCGACUAUUUUACGCAGUCAGCUGAGAAGCUCAUAGAGGAAAAGGGGGCAGUCAGGGCCUUGGCUGCAGCAUUAGCUCACAUCUCUGGGGCUACUUCCAUUGAACAGCGAUCCUUGCUCUCCUCGGAUGUGGGAUACGUGACAAUGACAUUAAAAUGCUCAAUAGAAAUGCACAGCAUUGGCUAUGCUUGGCGAGGACUAAAAGAACAGCUUGGUGAAGAAAUAGAUAAUAAAGUAUUCAGAAUGCGUUUUCUCAAGGGAAAGACGGGUGUGUGCUUUGAUGUCCCUGUAGCUGAAUUGAGUCACAUACAGGAAAAAUGGCAAGAUUCAAGGCGCUGGCAGCUGGCUAUAGCCACUGAGUUACCUGAGCUAGAAGAAACACCACGUGAGGCAGGCCAAGGGUUCUCCAAUUUCAAGAACGGGAGACAAGGCAAUAACUUCUACAAAAAUGAUAGAUUUAAAAUCAGAGGUCAGAAGCGAAGUUUUAAUAAAGCAUUUUGAUCACCAGCUUGAUUCACAUUUUAAUGCAGAUAUGUGACUGAAUGAAAGUAAAAUUUAUUGAACAUU